CGGGUCUGCGUGGGCACACGGGGACAGCGAGCUGCGGUCCGGCGCGAGCACGGGCAUCCUCACGCUGAGGCGCGGAACGUGACUCAGGGAACACACAAGCUUCUUCAUCAUGGGAGCUGUAGUAGCUGAUGAUGGUCCAUCAGGUGUUAAAGCCCCCGAUGGAGGCUGGGGCUGGGCUGUCCUUUUUGGCUGUUUUAUCAUCACAGGAUUCUCCUAUGCCUUUCCCAAGGCAGUUAGCGUCUUCUUUAAAGAACUUAUUCGGGAAUUUGGCAUUGGAUAUAGUGACACUGCAUGGAUUUCCUCCAUUCUGUUGGCCAUGCUUUAUGGAACAGGUCCACUUUGUAGUGUAUGCGUCAAUCGCUUUGGUUGUCGCCCUGUCAUGCUAGUGGGUGGCCUUUUUGCCUCAAUGGGGAUGGUGAUAGCUUCCUUCUGCACAAGCAUCGUUCAGAUCUAUCUAACUGCAGGUGUGAUUACUGGUUUGGGUUUGGCACUAAACUUUCAGCCUUCGCUCAUCAUGUUAAACCGUUACUUUGACAAACGCCGGCCCUUAGCCAAUGGGCUAUCUGCUGCUGGGAGUCCAGUGUUUCUUUGUGCUCUCUCACCGUUGGGGCAGAUACUACAACAUGAGUAUGGUUGGAGAGGAGGAUUCCUUAUCCUGGGUGGGAUGCUGCUCAACUGCUGUGUAUGUGGUGCACUGAUGAGACCUUUGGAGCCACCCAAAAAGGCUGAAGCUACCAAAGAGCCAGCUGAGAAGAAAGUGAAGAAAAAACUUCUGGAUUUCAGUGUGUUUAAAGAUGGUGGUUUUGUAAUCUAUACGCUAGCAGCAUCUAUCAUGGUGCUUGGUCUCUUCGUUCCCCCAGUGUUUGUUGUGAGUUAUGCCAAGGAUUUAGGGUAUCAAGACACCAAAGCAGCUUUUCUUCUGACUAUUCUGGGAUUCAUUGAUAUCUUUGCUCGCCCAAUCUGUGGAAUGGUAGCCGGUCUUAAAUGGGUUAGACCACGCUGCGUCUACCUCUUCAGUUUUGCUAUGAUUUUUAAUGGCUUUACUGAUCUCAUGGGUUCUAUGUCUGUUGAUUAUGGUGGACUGGUGGUCUUUUGCAUUUUCUUUGGCAUUUCUUAUGGAAUGGUAGGUGCUCUUCAGUUUGAAGUCCUCAUGGCUAUCGUUGGCACUCAGAAGUUUUCCAGUGCUAUUGGUUUAGUGCUCCUGGCAGAAGCUGUGGCUGUUCUGAUUGGUCCACCAUCAGCAGGAAAACUCCUGGAUGCAACAGGGAGGUACAUGUUUGUUUUCAUUAUUGCUGGAAUUGAAGUUACCACCUCAGCCCUUGUAUUGGCCUUGGGAAAUUUCUUCUGCAUUAAGAAAAAAUUAGAAGAACCACAUGCAAAAGAAGAAGCGUCAGAAAGAGAGGAAUUAAACAAAUCUGAAAAAACUCCUGAAGAUGCCAAGGUGGACUCUAUUGAAGUGGAGCAGUUUCUGAAAGAUGAGCCUGAAAAAAAUGGCGAAGUUGUAACCAACCCAGAAACAUGUGUGUGAGCAUGACAAGCAACCGAAAAGUAUUUAGAAAAGAAAGAUUUUCAACACUAUUUAUUUUAGAAACAGAAAUAGUUUAGGGCUGGGCAAUCUGCUUUAGUAACUGGGAGCUAGUCAGCUUACCAUGUCUCUUUGGAAGCUGAUCAUCUAGACAUUAUCUUACUGGAAAAUUAGCUUUAUCACUAAAAGGUGGAACAUUGUGGUUAUACAUUUUAUGUAAACUAAAAAGCUUUUAUGAACACAAGUAGGCUCUUGCUAUGCACCAGAAACUGCUCACUUGGAAGAUACAGGAAAAGCGUAUUUUAAGAAAAGUGGAAUUAUAUGUAUGUUUUGAGACAAUAUUGAUGAAAUUGCUGUGUUGUGUGACUAAAUAUAAUUUACCUAUGUUCUCUGUGAAGGGAAAAGUUUGAGAUGGAUAAAAAUCUCAGGAACUUAAAGGUCUUCAUUAGAUUUUUGAAUUUCUUACCUUUUUAGAUUUUUUAGAUUAAUUGGCUCAGCCCGAAUUUAAUUUUGAUAAUAUCUGUAACUUUGAUUUAUGUAAAUGCACUUCUGCCGAAACCUGUAAUCUUUGCAAUUAUCAUCUGGAAAUCCUGUUUUUAGAAAGGCACAUUACAGAUAGUGUCCUUAGCAGAUCACACAAGUGAUAUUCCAGGGUAGCACUAAAAGAAAAUGAGCAGAAUGGAUCCUGACUAACCUCAAGCAAAGAAAAUUAGCUCACAAUUCCAUACACUGUUUACAGUAAAAUUUCUGUAGAGCAUUGUAGAGUGUUACAAGUAACAUGGAGAAGAUGAUUAUUAGGUUUAGUAGAAUAUUCUGAGCAAGUGUCCAUUUUGCAUAUAAAUGAAAUGGUGCAAGUUUCCAGACGACCUAUAGAGCGGGUAGACUUAGGGAAGAGACUGAACUACUUUGAAACAUUCUAGUCAUUGAUAAAAUGCAAUGUUAGCAUCAUGGGAAGGUUUUAAUGUGUUUGGUUUUGAGGUUUUUUUCUUCCACAUUUAACCCACUUCCCCACCCUUUGGCUUAAUCUAAGGAAGUUCAAAGUGCCAUUCUUGCUGUUUGAGGAAACAUGAUAGAACUGUUCAUUAUUUUUAUGAUGGCACGGUACUGAAUAGAAAAGGAAGGCAAAAGGAAAGCAUUCUAAUUUUUUUUUUUCCACUCAAAACCACUCAAGAAAUGUGAUUUUUUAAAUUUAAAAUCAUGCUACUGCAUCCCACCUCUGAAAACUGGGUUGCUGUCUAGGCUUAGUGACUGCAGUAACAAUCUUCCAAACAGACUAACUGGUAUUCUGUUUUCUUCGUAGUAGCAAAGGAAUAUUAGCUUUUAAGUGCUGAAAUUGUUCUGCUUAAUAACUGAAAACUGAAAGACCCUAAUCCCUUAAAACUCAGUGUACCCUUUAAAUUUUUAAACAGAAACAAAAUGAACUAUCUCAGAUACCAGCUUCCAUUUCGGAAGUUUCUUCAAAAUACUUCUGCAUUGUUAGGACAACCUUGCACAGAAAUCAGAAAGUUAGAAUCAGAACUUUCAAAAUAAAUGGAUGCCGCACAGAAUAAAUUGUUUUUAUAUCCUAUGUAGUGCAUUAUUUUAAAGUCUUUUAUUAAUUUAUUGGUAGCAAUUGUAGUGAAUGACAUUUCUCAGUUGUAACAGCUUACUUACUGAACUUAGCUCUAGCUUGCUAAAGACUAAACUGGUACUUGAAACACAACACUGAUAGCUCCAGAAGGCAAGAGAAAAAUGGAAUCUGCAUACAUCCUUGAAGUCUGCUUCAGAUGAUAAAUGAAGGCCUGAUGCAACUUUCAGACUGGAGUUCCCUGUUGUUUCAAAAAGCAAAAACUAGAAACCUUGCCAAAGGUGGAUUCAGAUUCUCAGCCAUUUUUGUCUUGCUGUGUGCUUUCAUCACUGGAUUUCUUUGCUAGAUAAUGCUAUGCUGUUAUCACAGAACUAAAUAGUUAAUCCUUUGACCUCAUUGUUUUGGCACAAUUUUAAGUUUCUGUACAUUCUGAAAAUUGUCUGGACUGCUUUAUAUGUGACAGAAUGUCAUUUGUGCUUAUCGUACUGACUUUCCAGACUAUGUUUCAUUUUCCAUACAUAAUACUUUUUACAGUUAAACUUUAAGUUGGAAACAAGAAGUUUUAUGUAAUUUUAUGUGAUUUGAGACAGAAGAGGAAGUUAGGAAGACAAGGAGGCAUGUUUCUCUCAACAAGAAACCACAAAUAAUCUCAGAAGUAAAACUAGUGUUCAAAGAAAGGCCUCAUUUGCCUAUACAAGUUAUUUUCUUCAACUCGAAGAUCAAUCACUGACUGGGACCGCCAAUGCUCUUGUGCUGUUCUCAGCACAGACCUACCAAUGGCUUGCAGUAUUUAUGACAGCAGGAGAUGCUUACUGAAUGGGAGUGGUCAAAUCACAGGACUCCUUUAUUGACUGUGAGGAAAAAAAGGGUUAGAAAUGAAUUCACUAAGCAGUUUAAAAAGCCAUAUAAGCAGUGUAAAAUCUUUUAUCGUUUUAAUUAAUUACAAGAAGCAUCAAUACAAAGGUGAGAAAUUCCUAAUGCAGCUCUCUUAGCGACGUCAAAAGUGGCAGGCUUGAGAUGACUUCAGAAUUCUAAAGCCAUUUAAGCUCCUUACUCCCAUUCUGUCCCAUUCAAGGGUAACACCCAAAUGUGUGCUAGCCCUCCAGUCCUCUUUCUGUUCAGCUGCCUUUAUCUUCUUGGAAAGAGAUUUGUUUUACUGAUGGGAACAAACCUCCAUGCCAGAUCCCUAGGCUAGACACCUUCUGGCCACUAUACUAGAUUGUGCUGAAGCAUGUACCCAACUGCUCCUAUUGACAUGGCCACAAAGACCUUUACAUUGAUCUCCUGUUUUAUAGACCUCUCUCCUUCCUCCCCUGUGUGUUACAAAACCAAAACCAACCCAACUAAACCCCACAGGUGGCUAGUCCUUAGGUUCCCAGUAUUGUCCAGCCGGGCUCCUUUUUAAUUAAACUCUGCUUAUUGUAAAUAUUUAAAUAUAUUGAUAAAUAUUUAAAAAAAUAUGUAUUUUGUAUAUUUAAAAGCAAGGAAUUGAUUUUAAAUUUCUGCAGGUAUUCUGGUAGUGCAUUUCUUUAAUCUCAAUACCACUGAGAUGCCCUUAAGAGCAGUCUGCGAGAUGUACUCAUCCAUAUAUUUUGAGGAUGUAUAUGGUUGACGGUAUAAAGCACUGCUAAAGAGACACUGAUUGCUCAGGGUCACAGGCAGAACAGUCUCAUACAACAUCUACCCAGAUGAACCUUGUUCAACCUAUACCUGAUUAAAAUUUUUUGAUUUGAAAAAAGGGAAAAGGAAGGGAAUGUAGUAAUUAUGCAACUGAAUUGCCAAGCAUCAAAAGAUAUUAGUUUACUCCUGCAUCAUACACUAUUGAAACAAAUGUAAUUUCUUCAGACACACUGUUCACGAAUGUAUCUAAGAAGUCUGGAAAGUAAACAAUCUAAAAACAAAAAGACAGUUUUCAAAGAUUAUUUCUAUCGAAGUAGUGAAUGGUCUUUCACUCUGCAAGCUAGCAAAAUUUUUAAAGCAUUUUGGAUCGUCAUACAUAUUGUGUACUAUAGGACUUAUGGUUAAAAUAUUGUAUGAUUGGUGAUGUAAUGGAUCUUAGGAAAAUAAGGGCCUGAUACAAAGAGAUGAAAUGUGUAUAAAUGCCAGUAAAACACAAAGAAUAUAUAUAAAAAAGUAUACAUGUGUUUGCACAUACCUAUUUACACGUGUGUAUAUAUAUAUAUAUAUGUAUAUAUAUAUAUAUAAAACAUGCCAAAUACCCACAGAUUAGAGAGUUUGCCCAUUUAUUAGACAAUGUGCAAGAGUUAAAAUUACUUUCUUCCUCCUAUACAAAGAUCAGCUUGCCUUUUUGAAAAUUCUAAGUUAAAUAUUUUGUAGCCACUUGAAGCCUAGAAGACCUCAGCAGAAUUAGAAGUCUUAAAGUGAUGCAGCUAUCCGUUUCAAGCAAAGCCAGCUCCCUAAAGUUAAGAAUUGAAAUGGUGUGAAGGUAUGGUGUAAAGGACUGGGGAGAUCUCGUGCUAAUAUUAAAUUCCAUCCACACAAACUUAUCUUGGACAAUGUAGAAUCCUUCUUUAAAAACAAAUUAGAACAUUCCUGUAAUCAAGCAAUCAAACUACAAAAUGAAAAAGCAAAAUUCACAUAUGCACCUUUGGUACAUCCCAAAGGAAAUGUUUAGUUCGGUAGACAAUCAUAAACAGAAGAAUUUCAGAAUGCAAACUCUUACAUGUUACAGCGGUAAGUAUUGACUUGUGUGUGUGCAUCUGUGUCUCUUUGCCACACUUGUUUUUAGGAUUAUGGGAAUGCACUUCAAUUCUGUGCAAGAUGACAUUUUGUUUCUUGUUAAUGCACUUUAAUGUAAUGUGUAUAUUUAUACUUAGAUUUUUUUUUAUGCUUUUCUAGUAAACUGUUGCAAAUGUAGUGAAUAAAUAUCCGGUUGUCAAAAACUGUGGGUUUGAGAAGAUAAGCAGAAAAAAUUAACACCUCGAUAUGGACACUGGGCUCCAUCUGCACAUGCCUAUUAAACAGCUACACAGGCACAAGAGUGUUUAUAGAAAAGAGCUGACAUUUAGCUGACAGGCAGCCAAAAUUUAUUGUGGGCAAGGGGACUGCUUUUGCCAUGACUCACAGUUUGGCCAUUUCCAAAAUGGGUAUCUGCUUCUGCUCUAAAUGAUCCUGAAGUCUAUUUGAAAGCAUCAUCUAAUUAAAAAUAACAGCAAUUAAUUUUGUGCUCCGCUGUGUAAAAAGUAUUAAUGUUCUCCCCUGAACAGUGCUCCAGGUUUUGUUUGCAGGUAAAGUUUUAUGAACUGUCAUGACUUAUAAAGCCCAAAAUAUUCUGAAUACCAACAUGCCAGCAAGCUGUCUUUACUGUCAAGUGAUGCUCUUUAGGAAUUGAAAUCUCCUAAGAAAACACAGUGUAGGAAUAUGUUUAUGUUGUGGAUUUCAGUCUCCUAUGGUACCUCAGCUAGGACUGGCUCCUCAAGGUAUAAUCAAUCUCAAGGCUACAUCCAAGUGAAGCAAAAUUACAAGCUCUUCAAUGUAGCAAGAUCUAUCUUUUGCAAUCUGAAGACUGAUACUUGUGCUUAAUUCCAAGCAUCUUUUGGGAAGAAAUCUUUCAGCAAUCUCUAGAGCUCACCUUCAAAAGCUUCUCCAUAUAUCUACGCUGAAAAGGUCAUAGGUCCAGUUUACAUAAACACCCAUGUUUGAAUAAAUACAUUAUUACCUUUCUUAUGCUAGUUUAAUUAAAUUGGCAAGACUUAAGGUGUAAUCAAAUGCUGUGCCGCCGCAACGGCCCAAUCAAGCUGUAUGCUGCUACAGGAAUUAAUGUACUGGGUGGACUAAAAUGACAGAAGUUAUUAACAUUUAGUCAGCCCACACUUGUGACAGAAAACCAGAGUUUACCUCUGCCUCUGG